AUGCGUCCCGUCUGGCGCAGCGACUUGCCUCCUCACGGGAUCCCUCCGCGUGUUAUCUCGCCCCAUCUCGCUGGCUCUCCGCUCAGUGGCGGGGUGCGAAAAUGCCUCGCCGAGGCGCACCGGGGCGGCAGCCUCGGCGGCGGCGACGGCCACGGGAACGGUGGGAGGGGAACGCGGGGGGGGCGAGAGGAAACAGUGGAGACGGCAGGGCAGGUCACCUGGGGCACCGGCGAUUAUAUUGCGGCCAAGCCGGCGCGCGCCGAGAGAGGCCGGCCGGGUAUUGGCGCGCGGGGGGUGGACGAGACCCCUGAGUCGCGCGGGCGGUGCUGCGAGGCCGAGAACGUGCGCCAGAGCGGACCAAUUCCAGAAACCUUCGGCAGCCUGCAGAGGAACGAUUACAUUUUUGAAACGUUUAUUUUCCCUUGUUUGUUUUAUUCAGCAGCUCCUGGUAGAAGAAGAGGAAGACAAACCUACAGUCGUUUCCAAACCCUAGAGCUGGAAAAGGAAUUCCUUUUUAACCCUUAUCUGACCAGGAAGAGAAGAAUUGAGGUUUCCCACGCCCUAGCUCUCACUGAGAGGCAGGUAAAAAUCUGGUUCCAGAACAGGAGAAUGAAAUGGAAAAAGGAGAACAACAAGGACAAAUUUCCAGUUUCUCGGCAGGAGGCAAAGGAUGGGGAAACCAAAAAGGAAGCCCAAGAACUGGAGGAAGACGGAGCCGAAGACCCGACAAAUUAA